AGGAGCGACGGAUAUGAUUCACAAGAUUUUAAAUGCCGCUUUACUUCCUGUUUCAAUCAUCUUGUUUUUCGUCUUAGUACCUUCAUUUUGGCUGUUUAAUCUCUUGAGGUUUUGCUACAAAAGUGUUCAUCCUGAGGUGCUCAAGGACAAAGUUAUACUCAUUACUGGAGCUUCAAGUGGCAUCGGUGAGCAAAUGGCAUAUGAGUUUGCAAAAGAAGGGGCGUGUUUAGUGUUAGUUGCUAGACGAAAGAAUCAUCUUCUUCUUGUAGCAGAAAAGGCCAAGGCAAUGGGAUCCCCGGAUGUGAUUGUGAUACCGGCCGAUAUUUCCAAACUUGAGGACUGUGACACAUUUAUAUAUCAAACCAUCAAACAUUUCGGAAAAUUGGAUUACCUCGUGAAUAAUGCCGCUAUUGGUAUAUUUGGUCUCUUCGAAGAUCAAACAAUGCUUCCCUUUCAUACUUCAGUCAUGGAUAUAAACUUUUGGGGAUCCGUUUAUACCACACGUUUUGCACUUCCACAUUUAAGGAGGAGUAGAGGGAAAAUAAUCACAAUUUGUUCUUGUGGGAGUUGGUUUGCAACUCCAAGAGUAAGUACCUAUAAUGCAAGUAAAGCAGCAGUGCUAAGUUUCUUUGAAACGUUAAGGAUCGAGGUUGGUUCAGACGUUGAUAUACGAGUAGUAACUCCAGGAAUGAUCGAGACAAGCUUAACCAAUGAAGAAUGGUUAAAGGAGGCAAAUGCGUUAUGGAUACCAAGGACAUCGGCUAAAAGAUGUGCGGAGAAGAUUGUUAAAAGCACGAAACGUGGAGAUAGAUAUUUUACGGUCCCUUCAUGGAUGAAGACGAUAUAUUUGUGGAAGAUUUUAUGUCCGGAGAUUGUCAACUCGAUUAUGAACUUUUUGUUCAUUUGCUGGCCAAAGAUUUUCUCAAAGAAAAGUAAAAUCCAACAUCUUGGAUUCAAAACAGUCUAUUGAUCGAUCAAUAUCAAGCAGCAUAGUGCCGGUGAAGAUAUGUACGUACGUAGGUCAUAUAUAUAUAAGUAUUUAGUUCGUCUACUAAAAAUAAAGGUUUGCCUAUAUAUAUGGUCAAAAAACAAACAAACAUAUACAUUGAUAAUGCACAAUGUAAUUAAAAUAUUUGUUUCAUUUCCUGAUUUCCCCAUUAUUGCAGCAAAAAUUGAGGUUAACAUAUGCAAAUU